UGCAAGACGCUCGUAACAAAUACGAUUCUCGUUGGAUUUGUCAGCCCUUUAGAUAAUAAUAUUCGGAAUGUGAUGGAAUCGAUAUCGUAAGAGGCAACCUGUAUGCUCGCUGUAAUGCUUCAUUUGAAAAGAUUGAAAUCGAAGAGAAAUUAGAGGGAGGUUUUUACGAGCCCUUCAAUCGUCAGACUUUUAUAUCGAUGUUUAAGCUGGAAAGCGGUUACGUCGAACGGUGGUUGCAGACGAGACGUUCGCCAUACAAUUGUUUUAAAAGGGAAACGACUGGCUAGCUCUUUUUCUUCAAACGCGAGUGUCGUGAACAUAGCGGAACACAAUGCGAGACGAAAAGCAUUCUAAUCGUAUUAACGAGGCUACAAGUGUCUAUUUCCUGCUAGGAGGUCAGAGACGAAACAAGCAACUCGAUUGUAGACGCGUGCGCGCGCUUCUUCAGAUCCUCAUGUUUGCACGCGUGCAGUUGCCGCGUGCAACCAGCUUGCAGUUUUAACACGAACGUUCGUCGUGUUUCUCUCACAAAGUGUCUCUCAUCGUUGCUUCUCUUUUUCGUCAGCCAUUGUUUGAUCUCGCUUUCGUUCAAGGAAAACCAGAUUUUCGAUGAUGAUGUACAAGCAGGCCGAGUUCGAGGACGAGGACAGCAGUAGCAUUGGUUCCGUAGCUUUGAACAGCGAAGGCAUCAGCACGUCGGCCACGCACAUCAGAUACAAUUCGGGAAUCUCGUUGUGGAGAGCUAGGAGCUUGCUCGAAAGAUGUCUUUUUAUCAUUUGCGUGGGCCUUUUGAUCAUGGUCGUGAUGCUGUCGAUAAUCAUCAGCAGCAAAAACGGCUGGGAAAAAGCGCAAAUACUUCGUGUCACUUCGCACGAGGAAGUGGUUGAUUUUGUUUUAGAUGGUACACACUGUUUAACCGAGCACUGUGUCACGGUGGCUGCUUCCAUUAUAAAUAGCAUAGACCAUUCGGUCGAUCCAUGUAACGAUUUUUACGAGUACGCGUGCGGUGGUUGGAUCAAGAAGAAUCCCAUACCAGAUGGAAACAGCAUGUGGGGAACGUUCGAUAAGUUCGAGCAAGACAAUCAGCUGGUUGUAAAGAAUGUUCUUGAAAAACCAUUCGCCGAAAUGAAAUCGAAGGCCGAGAAGAAAGCAAAAUAUUAUUUCCUCUCGUGUAUGGACGCAAACGACACGAUCGAAUCGCUUGGCGCGAAACCAAUGCUGGACUUGUUGGAUUCUAUCGGUGGCUGGAACAUUUCUGGGAAAUUCAAUCUAAGCGAGUGGUCGUUGCAAAACAGUAUGCAUAUUCUGCAAAAUGUUUACAAUAUGGAUGGUUUAUUUACGUGGGCGGUAAACGAAGACGAUCGAAAUAGUAGCAGGCACAUUAUACAAAUCGAUCAAGGAGGUUUGACGCUGCCAACCGCCGACGAUUACCUGAACGUCACCGAACACAGUAAAGUGUUGGCUGCGUAUUUGGAAUACAUGACGAAGAUAGGCGUGCUGCUUGGCGGAGAGGCGAAUUCGACCAGAAAACAGAUGAACGAUGUGAUAAAGUUUGAAACGGAAUUGGCGCGGAUCAUGACACCGCCGGAGGAUCACCGAGAUAAAGAAAAGCUUUACAACUUGAUGUCUCUGGAUGAAUUGCAAAAUAACGCGUCUUUCAUGUCCUGGGUAGACUAUUUUCAAAAUGCGACGCAACUCGUUAACAAAAAAGUAACCGGCCAGACAAAGAUCGUGAACUUUGCUCCAGAAUAUUUCGUUAAAUUGUCCAAGCUGGUAUUAGAGUACAACAAAACGAACGAUGGGAAAGUGAUACUGAAUAAUUAUCUGGUUUGGCAAACCGUGAGAUCUUUAACUGCCUGCCUGUCGAGACCGUUUCGCGACGCUUACAAGGGGCUGAGGAAAGCUUUGAUCGGUUCGGAAGGCCGCGAGGAGCAAUGGCGUUAUUGCGUCAGUGAUACGCAUAACUCGAUGGGUUUUGCGAUCGGUGCGAUGUUCGUUAGAGAAGUUUUCCAUGGAAAGAGCAAACCCAUGGCGGAGAAGAUGAUCGAUCAAGUGCGCAAAGCUUUUAUCAAGAAUCUGAAAAAUCUCGAUUGGAUGGACGCGGAAACGAGAAGGAAAGCCGAGGAGAAGGCGAACGCGAUCACCGAUAUGGUCGGCUUUCCUGAUUUUAUUUUACGUCCAAAUGAACUCGACGAGCGUUACAAGGACUUAGUAGUUAAACAAAACGAGUACUUUCAAAAUAAUAUACGGGUGAAUAAGUAUAAUUUGCGGAAAAAUCUAGAGAAGCUCGAUCGGCCUGUGAAUAAAACCACUUGGAUAAUGACACCUCCCACGGUGAAUGCUUAUUACUGGCCUACGAAAAAUCAGAUGGUUUUUCCCGCUGGUAUCCUACAAAGUCCAUUCUAUGACAUGGAGAAUCCUAAUAGCUUGAAUUUUGGUGGUAUAGGAGUAGUCAUGGGACACGAACUGACCCAUGCAUUCGACGAUCAAGGAAGAGAAUACGACUUGCACGGAAACUUGCAUCAAUGGUGGAACAACGCUACGAUAGAGAGAUUCAAAAAUAGAACAGAGUGUUUCGUGGAACAGUACAGCAAUUUUGAGAUACAUGGUCGACACGUAAACGGACGACAAACUUUGGGAGAAAAUAUUGCGGACAAUGGUGGUCUCAAAGCAGCGUAUCACGCGUAUCUUUCAACGCCGAGAAGCUACAAAGAUCAACUACCUUUACCUGGUCUUAACUUGACGCAUCGACAAUUAUUUUUCGUGAAUUUUGCCCAGGUUUGGUGUUCCUCCGUGAUGUCCGAGGCGAUAGCUCUCCAAAUCGAGAAAGAUUCCCAUUGUCCACCAAAAUACAGAGUGAUAGGGUCACUCUCGAAUCUGCCGGAGUUCGCAUCUGAAUUCAACUGUCCCGAAGAAUCGCGAAUGAAUCCGAUUCACAAAUGCGAAGUGUGGUAAUGCAUCGUCUAUCUGGAUUGUCUGUGUCAAUGUGGAACUUGUGUUGUUCAACUUCAUCGCCGAUAUAUCACGAAAACGAGUCGUUGUAAAAGUUGAAACCUCUCUCGCUUCUGUCUGUAGAGCAACUGUCUCUUCCUUCGACGUUUUCAUCUUUAUUCGCUUACAAGUUGAGAGUAGCGAAUGAAGCGAACGAGAAGAAGCAAAUGUUAUGCGUGGUUUGCUAGCGAUCUGUUGCAAAUGCAUGAAGCGCGAACCUUUCACGAAUAAAAGAAACGUCGAAGAGAUAGAAGCGACGAGCACAACGAAUUCCGUUGCGACCACGUGAUUUUAUCCGGUAUGAAAUGUUAAACGUCCAUGUGCUGAUUCGCACUGCUGAUUUAUUCGAAGACGUUGGAAUCACAACGAGUCGAGCAUACGCGAGUUCAAAUGCAUUUUUAGUAAGCGUCGAACGAGUGUAAUUUCAAUAGGAUCGUGUCACUUUUGAGAUUUCGUAAUUCGAAUAAAUCAAACAUCGAUCGAAGGUCGGCUUAUGCGCGUUCAAUGUAUCGAUCCUUUUGUUCGAGAAAAAUCGAUUAAGCCAGCUCUGAAGCUGGAUUAGAAAGGCACUAGGACCACUAUAUGAAUCGUUAAAUUUCCUUACUCGACUAUUCGAAAUGCGUCACGACGCGCCAAUGUUUUUCAUUAAGAAAUUAAUUGACUGUGGUUCAUCGUGAUCACUGGGGACGAUUUAAUCCAUCGAACCAACUGACCGACCAACUUGAUCGACGUUUUCUCAUAAACGAAAGCGCGCAUUUCUACGUGAUAAGUGAUUUUUCACUUUUAUACUUGAAAUCAGUAUUAUCAGUUCGAAUCGUACGAUUCGAGUAAAUAUCAAUGAUGUUACACGCUGCACACAUAACACGUUUAAUACGCUUGUAUAUACCUGCAGAAUAUAAAGACGCAUUCAUAUUACCAUCCAAUUGACACAGUGUAUUGUUCCUACAAGCAACGAGCAGAAAUUUUUAAAAAGUGAAAGGAGAUAUGAGCGAGGAAACAGUUUAUUCAGUUGGAACUCUUCUUCGCCGUUCUGUUCGUGUCGAAGAAGCGAUUCUCACCGAUCUCGAUGAGCCAUGGCGAUUAUAAACGGCACAUUGCUGUAAUUUCUGCAGGCAGGAAGUUAAGCUCUAGCGUUAAGCUUAAGAAAUUUAAUUUUCUAAACAAACUACAUGCUAUAUAGUUAUACAUAGGAUAGAAACAGUACGUCGAGCCAACGACGAGUGUAAUUGAAAAUGUUGCUACGAACGUUCGAGCAAAUAUUUGUUUAUGCGUAUACCUCUUGCCAUGUGAAAUUCGAUAGUUGAGCGAAUGUUUUCCUAGUCUUUAACAAGUGCUGUCUAGUACAGUCCUUGGUCGUCGAAACACGCGUUAAGAUCAACUGUCCAUUGACAUUAAGAGAAAAAAAAAGAAGAAGAAGGAGAAAGAAAAACAUGGAAAUGGAAGCAAAGUUAGGAACAUUUAAAACUAUCAGCAAAAUAAAUAUAAUUUAAGCAUGAUCUAAUAUAUCAUGAAUCUUCAUUUUCUGAUGUUCGUUCAACUAUCGAACGAAUGUUCGUAAUUGAUAAAAGAAAGGCGAUUAUCGAGAAAUGUUGUAUAUUUCGUGCUCGACAAAUUUUCUUUGUCCUCGUUCAAUGACGAUUAAAAACGUAAAGUUGACGACAGUUGUCUGUUGUGUCUUUUGCGUACCUACAUAUUAUACAAAGGAGUGCGAGAAGAAUCGACAAACGAUUUCGUGCGUCAAAGAAGAAGUCUUUGAAAAUCGACGAUUAUGUCAGCCAUUCUAAUAUUACAUAGUAUUUGAAAUCAUAUUUCUUAAUGACGCACGUGUAAAUCAAAUAAAGGACAAAUUAAAUAAUGA